UUUUGCUAGAUGCGGGUGGCAUGGGCUUGAAGGAGAAAACAUUUCUGCAGCCAACCAUCGUUUAUGAUUCUGUUGCUCUGCACUAGCUUUCACCACGCGAGCGAGUCAUUGGCUAUCCCGCUGGACGGUAUCGUCAAUGCUACCUGGCUUCUUGCGAUACCAUUGCCAAGUCUUUAGUUUAAUACAUGUCGUACGUUUUGUUUCUUGCUGCAGGUUACUGCGUCCUCUUUUGUCAAGCUGAUUUGUUGUUCUUUUCUUUUGAUGUCUUGACAAAGUUACCGCCCAAGCAAGACGCUUGUUGUGUUUGUAUGCAGGAUGGACUCGCACCACACGCGCAGCGUCUGCCAUCUCUGUCUCCGCACACUAUCGAUGGUGUGUUUUGUGCCAAAUAUUGGCAUGAUCUAGCAAUCUGGCUCGAUCGGCAGCCUUUGCUCUUCCAAGCCACCGUUCUUUUCAAGCAAUCAUGGCUCCGGACUAUCUUGAGAAAACACAAGUAUGUUCAAUCAAUAUGUGGCAUGUUUGCAAAUGAUUGCAGGUACUCUAAUUUGACGGCUCUACGUUGAGUGCAAACAGAGGGAAGCAGGCCUCAAGAGUGGAUUACCGCGCCAUUGGAACAGUAGCAACAAAACUCCAAGCAAGGCAUGAGUUGCAGUAGCGUGUCGCGAGGUUCAGAGAGCGAUGCGCCGACAAAGCGUUCAGCGCCCAUGCUCAGUCUUGGUAUACAGACUGGC